GAACUUCGUCAUAUCCUAGACCGCGAUGUCAACCACCUUUCUGGUGGAGAAUUGCAGCGAUUCGCCAUUGGAACAGUCUGCGUCCAGAAGGCUGAUGUAUACAUGUUUGACGAGCCAUCUUCUUAUCUCGAUGUCAAGCAGCGUCUUUCUGCAGCGCGAAUGAUCCGUUCCUUGCUCGGCCCGGAUAACUAUGUCAUUGUUGUCGAACACGAUUUCCGACAAGGCUCGCGCCUUCAGCUACCCGAAAAUGGAGAAGGCUCUCGGCAACUUCAAGCUCAACAUCGACGGCGGUGACUUUACCGAUUCGGAGAUUAUCGUCAUGAUGGGUGAAAAUGGUACAGGAAAAACGACCUUCUGUAGGCUUCUGGCCGGUGCCCUUAAGCCCGAUAAUGCUGAGAAGGUUCCCGAGAUGAGAAUCAGCAUGAAGCCCCAAACUAUUACUCCCAAAUUCGAGGGUACCGUCCGACAGCUAUUUUUCAAGCGAAUCAAGCAGGCAUUCCUCUCCCCGCAAUUCCAGACUGAUGUUGUCAAGCCUCUCAAACUAGAUGAUUUCAUCGAUCAAGAAGUCAAGAACCUAUCCGGUGGUGAACUGCAGCGUGUGGCCAUUGUCAUGGCACUCGGAUUGCCAGCCGACAUCUACUUGAUAGACGAGCCGUCGGCCUACUUGGACUCCGAGCAGCGUAUCAUUGCAGCACGUGUAAUCAAGCGCUUUAUUAUGCAUGCUAAGAAGACGGCUUUUGUCGUAGAGCACGAUUUUAUCAUGGCUACGUACUUGGCGGAUCGCGUUAUUGUGUUUGACGGAAAGCCGGGUCUCGAUGCCCAUGCUAACACGCCCGAAUCGCUGCUUACUGGAUGCAACGCUUUCUUGAAGAACCUAGAUGUAACCUUCCGUCGUGAUCCGACAAACUAUAGGCCUCGUAUCAACAAGCUGAACAGUCAGCUGGACCAGGAACAGAAACUAGCUGGGAACUACUUCUUCUUGGAAGAGGACAGCUCUUGAAACGGGCGUCCCACGUGAUAACGGCUACCAUCAAGGCCGCAAGCAUGAUCAAAAUACCCCAUCAGCAUCGGAUACCGGCGUUCUAGGCGUACAAAAAGGGGGGUCGACGC